AUGUUGGGGAAAAUCACCAUCGAGGACCACUUCAACCUUCCUGAGUUCGCCGAAAAAGCUAAAUGGUGGGCCGGACUCUUUGCAGUAGACGCAGAUAAACACGUCCGAGAAAUCAGCGAUGUGAAAAACAUACGUCUCGAAUAUGCCGAUAAACAUGGCGUCGGUUUCCACAUACUCAGUUACACUGCACCCGGAAUCCAAGAUAUCGUCGAUCCGGCUGAAGCCCUUCGUGUCGCUGCUCUGACUAAUGAUUACAUUCACGACCAGAUUAAAGACUAUCCCGAUCGUUAUGGAUCUUUUGCCGCACUACCCAUGCACGAUCCCGCUGUUGCGGCGAAAGAGCUGAGGAGAUGUGUAACCGGGUUGGGAUUUAAAGGGGCGCUGGUAAAUGAUAAUCAAAUCGCUAGUGAUGGAGAAUCGAUAAUUUUCUACGAUCAACCGGAAUGGGAUGUUUUCUGGCAAGAGUGUGUGGAUUUGGAUGUUCCUUUUUAUUUGCACCCCAAACAGCCUACGGGCAAGGUGUUUGAUACUCUCUGGGCCGACCGGAAGUGGUUGAUUGGACCUCCGCUGAGUUUUGCGAAUAAUGUUUCGUUGCAUUUGAUGGGGAUGGUGGUGAAUGGGGUUUUUGAUCGCAAUCCGAAAUUGAAAGUUAUCGUUGGACAUUUGGGCGAACAUAUCCCGUUUGAUUUGUGGCGCAUUAAUCACUGGUUUGAGGAUAUUAAGAAACCAUUGGGAAUGCCGAUCAAGAAGAGUAUUUACGAUUAUUUCAGGGAGAAUAUUUGGAUUACUACUAGUGGACACUUUUCAACGUCGACGUUGAAAUAUUGCAUUGAGGAGCUGGGGUCGGAUCACAUCAUGUUCUCGACGGAUUAUCCAUUUGAGUGCUAUGAGGAUGCGUGUGCUUGGUUUGAUGGGCUGGAUUUGAGCCCCAAGGUUAAGAUGGAUAUUGGAAGAGAUAACGCUAAACAGCUCUUCAAGCUUGAUGGUUUCAAGGAUCAAAGUGAGGAGAUAUAA